AGCUUUGCGUUUGCUUUCGCGAUUGCCAGUCGCAAUUUUCCGUUCGUGGCGAACACACGCGUUUUGCAGCGCAAAGCCGGCACUCGAAUUUCGAAUCUCUUGGCCGUUAGAAGUAGUUGGCCAAAGGCGAAAACUAACCAUCUGAGACUCAAACUCCGAGCGACAACAACAAGUGCCACUAACAAUUAGCUGAAAAGUGAUCCCUCGCUUGUUGGCUUCUUGGCAGGUUUGUUUUUUGCCACAGGUGAUAUUUCGGUCGUGCCGGUUAGAUUAGUCCGACACCUUUAACGAUAUCCUAUAUCCGAUAUAGAUAAUAUAAUAUUCCAAUUCCUCCUCCGAAACCGACUCCGUGUGUUUAGUAACCCCCCUCCGAAAUCGCGCUAAUUGGCUUGAUUUUGGGUCCAAAACUAAAUAUCAAGUUUCAAUAUUUACCGUGUGUUCGCGAAAUCGGACAGUCUGUCACCUGCGGAAACCGAAAGAAAUCUAUAUACAAGCAUAUAUACAUAUAUAUUUUGGGCAUCGGGCCAACAUCGGUGGUGAAGUGAGCUUGGAAAGCAGGGAGUUCUGCCUAUUUGCAUUUCAAAUUGCUAGCGAACAUCUAAGAACGAUUCGCCGAUUCGGUUGCAAAGGACACUUGAGGACGUCUUAACCAAUAGCCCGUCAUCCGGUAGAGCGAUGUAAGAAGUGGCCAUAGCGAACAUAAUACAGAGCAUAAUACAACCAGCUUCAUAUUACCCUCAAAAGUCGGGGAAAAAAUACCCGGCAUCAACAAUCAUCAAGCAGCAGGCAACAGGAUGUGUGGCAGCCAUAAAAUGUGGUGCUGUCAAGUAUUUAUCUUAGCUUUAUUUGCUCACACAAUUGCGGCGGAGUUCCACGGAAGUGCAGCUCGCGCCGAAAUCAACUUCGAAGACCCCUCGCCUGCUCACAGUCAGGAUGCAGCAGCUCCAACUUCCAGGCCAAAGCGCCGUGUAUACGCCUUGUGUCCACCGAAAUUCCAUCGCGUGGGCACCGAUUGCUACUCGCUGGUCGACCAGCGCAGCAGUUGGUUGGAGGCACACUUCUUCUGCAAGGACAAAAACGCCAAUCUCACAGAGCCGGGCAAACACGCCGACCGCAAGCUGAGACUUUUCCUUCAGAAACAGGAUGCCCUAUCAGGCGAAAAUGAUCCUAUCUGGCUAGGAGCCACCUAUGACCACCACAACAACCGAUGGCAGUGGAGCAUGAGUGGUCGCAAUCUGUCCACCGACUCCUUCAGCCGCACUGAUCCCGCCUAUGUGCAACUUAUCUCCAACAGCCAACCGCUGGAUAAUAACUGUGCCAUCUACGAUCCAAGUCUCAAGUACCGCUGGUCGGCGCGGCCCUGCUCGGAUAAGCUGCGCUUCAUAUGCCAGCACAAGAUGCCAAAGGUGAGCGGUCCCAAUCGCUACAAGAUCUACAACCGCUGGAACGCCACCUAUCCGAACGAGCAGGCCAACGAGGUGGUCCUGGAGAUCCUUGAACCGCGUGAAAACGAUCGCAGGUACCACCGGCGCGUCAAGGCCGAGGACAGCGACGAAGAGAUGAUUAUUCCCGACCGUCGACGCAAUAACAAUCGUCGCAACAACCACAGGAACCGUCAGACCAAGAAUCAGAAUCAACAUCCCAACGAUGUGAACUACCAGCCAGCACAGCAACGCCAAAGGAAUCGUCCUCGUACUUCAACUGUUGCGCCAACUACUACCCAACCGGUUAGCCAGUCUAAUGAUGUCCUGGCUCCCUCACCCACGCCUCAGCAGAUGACCCAGUACGAUCGUAAAUUGCAACGCCAACGGGAAAGGGAACGUCGCCGACAGCUGCGUCGGCAGGAACGCCAGAAGUUGGCUCGGGAACAAAAGCGCGAAAGGCAACGUCGCCUUAAGGAGGAACGCCAGCGAUUGCAGCGGGAGGAACAGCAGCGCCGGCAGCGAUUGCAGCACGAUGAACCCAAACCCCAAGUGAUCGAUGAACUGCGUCAGCGAUCUGGUGAGGAUCUGGAUAAGAAACAAAGGGACGAGCACGAACAGAAGCUAAGAAAUGAACAGGAAAAGAAACUAAGGGAAGAACAGCAGAAGCAACGCGAUGAACAGGAACAAAGGAACAGGGAGGAGCAGGAUAGACUCAAACAGGAGGAGGACGAACAGCAGGCUAGGAACCACCAGCAAGAGCUUAAGGAAAACCAAGAACAGCAACUCCGCGAACUUAAAGCUAAGCAGGAGCGAGAGAAGCAAGAACGGGAAUACCAGCAGCAAAAGCGUGAGCGCGAGCUCGAGCUACUGAAGCAACGGCAGGCUGAAGCAGACCGCCAGCACGCAGCCGACGAGGAAGCAGAGAAGCUACGGCUGGAGCGCAUCCAAAAGCAACGCGAACUGGAGGCACAACAGCGACGAGAGCGCGAAGAGCAGCGCCGCAAACAGCGCGAGGAACAGGAGGAACAGGAUCGCCAAAACCAUGCCAAGCGUCUGGCUGAAGAGAAGCGACUGCGUGAUCUGUAUGCAGAGCGCAUAAGGCUGGCCAAUUCCGAGCGGGAGAAGCAACUUGCCGAGGCCCAUGAAACCAAGCGACUUGAGGAGCUAAAGCUGAAAGAGCAGCUAAAGAAACAGGAGGACGAGAGACAGGAGCAGAUUCGACGCGAGCAGGAGGAGGAGGAAAAGCGCCUGGAACUGGAGAGGCUUGAGGAGGCUCGCCGCUUUGAGGAAAAGGAACUAAAGCGCCUGCACGAGGAAAACCAGCGGCGCGAGGAGCAGAAGCUCCAGCGCGAGCGGGAAAUAGCACUCCGCGAGGCCGCGGAGAAAAAAUUAGCUGAGGAGGAGGAAAUGCUGCGCAAGGAAGUGGCUGAAGAGGAACGCAAAGUGAAGCAGCGCCUGGAAGAUGACAUGCGACAGGCGGAAGAGGCGCGUAAAGCCAAGGAGGCGGAGGAACGGGCUGCCGAAGAGGCCAAGGCCGCCGAGCAGAAGCGACGCGUGGAGGCGGCCAAGAAGAAGGCCGACGAGGAAGUCAAGGCCAAGUUGGAGGAGAAGAGGCGUGAGUACGUGACUCGAAUCUCGGCGCUGAGUCCCGAGGACCAGAAGAAGUUUAUCGAGAUGCGCAAACGGCGCAAGCAGCUGAAGGAGAAAAAGGAACGUGACCAGCGGGCAAAGGAACUGAAGAGGAUACAGCAAGCCAUGCGAUUGGACGACAACGAGUAGAAGUCCAUAGAAGUCCUGGCGGCAGUCAAAUCACCCCGCACUAACCAAUACUAACCGAGACAUAUCGAUCACAAUUGGUUCCACAUACGCACCGUUGCCCAGUCGAUCCCUUUUCGAUUGUUUUCUUUGUGCUUUAAUUAAAACAAAACACAAGAUGAACACGCAAAAGUAUUAUUUACCAGAAGAGAAAGGAGAAUGAAGGAACAUCGCUGCGAAGCAGAUUUUGUCGGUUAAGGGGAAUCAAAUUUCAAUUUCAAUUGCAUUUCGAUCGAGCAGGAAACCCAAUCUCCAUGCGCUUCGCUAGCUAUUUUAGUACUGUACAGUAAAGAUAUACUAUAUAUAGGUUUAGGAUAUGGACACGCCACAUACUCACACAGCGCACAGGACACACCGUAAACACACGGCAACCAGUCACGCAUGUUUCCUUAAUAACCGAACUAGAAGUUAGCAAUCAAUUUUAGAGCCAAUAAACCCCACAGACGCAAAAUCAAUUUUUUAAACUCAAGCACAGAACUACGGAAAUAUUUAUAGUGAGUAAAACGUAAGAUUGAAUGGAAAACUCCUUUGGGUCAGAGCCCAGCAGUGUCCAAGUCCCAUGCCUCCCCACACUCGGUUUGCCUACGGUGUCCUCGAAUCGGGCACAGCGAAGCAAUAAUUUACUACUAAUAAUCUUUUGAUAACAUCAUCGGAUGGUCACCGACCAUUUCCUAACUUCUAGUUUACAAAACUAUAUUUUACAAAGAUGUAUGUAAUAACUAAAGUAUGUUUAAAUGUAAAUUUUUAUGUAUUUUUUAAUACCUCAAACGCGAAAGGCAAAACAAAAAAAAGGAAAAAACCUCGAAGGCAACUUUCAGUACAUUUUGUUUCGUUUAAUGUUGAAAUUGAAAGCUGGCAAGGACGGGAAUGUAAUCGAAAGGAAAAGCAAUUUUACAGCCAAGUAAAUGCAUUUUAAUAGUAAACUAACCAAUUUUAAAUAUUAUUACUCUACACACGGAGAAAUGAAAAGCGAAUAAAACUAAAUAGUCAGCGAAACGUUAGCAAAGAAAUCAUGAAAGAGGAAAGCAGUACACAAAUGUAAUACGAAAACAUAUGAUAAAAUUACCAUAUAAUAUUUAUGCAAGAUAAAUUCUAGUUAAGGCGCAAACAAAGUAAAAUAAUGAAUAAAGUUUGAAAAAACACAAAACAAAGAGAA